UUUUUUUUCGUCUUCCCUGUAGCUCUGCUGAGCGCAUGGUUUGUUCACAUUUCGCAUUCCCUCUUCUUCUUCUGCUUCAGCUCCUCCCUCUUCCUCCUCCUUCUCUUCCAUCUGCUGGGACCGUUUCGUCUCUCGCGAUCUCUCACCACACCUGCACUAGAGCGCUACAAGGAAGACGCGUUUAAAAGUCCCGUUUCUCCUGGUUUGAGACUCAGAAUUGAGACAGUUUCUGAACUUUGCUUCUGUGGAGCGAGCGAUAGAGAGGGAGUGGGAGGGAGAGAGAGAGAGUGGUGGGAUGGUCUGAUCUAUGAAUGCGGAUGCAGGUUCUGGUGUGAGACGAUAACACUGCGGUUUAUCUAAGGAAUUGUUGGAGUUGAGGAUAUUACAAUGCAGUGCGUGUGCGUGUGAGUGCGUGUGGAAUUGGAGGUUCUAUGACGGUUAUUGGAUCGAGUCAGGAGGCGAGUAUUUGGAGUUGUUGGUGUUUUGUACUGGAGGACCGGGUGGUUUUUAGUGUAAUGAGAUGAUGAACCGGCGAGGUUCAGAUGGGUGCACAUCCGGAUUUUGGCACUGGGAAUGCGUCAGGAUGAGGGAGUGAAAGUCAGCCUGUGCCGUAUCUCGUGGACGUGGAGCUGCUAGAUACUUGUUUGCAGUUUUUGGUGGUGAGGAGCUGUCUUUGCACAGUCUUUUUACAUGUGAGGAGACUGUAUAGAGUAGUAGAGGAGUUGGCAAGUACUUCUGGAUCUUUGUAGCUUGCAGUUUUCGAUAAGUGGGGGUACGAUCCUUGCUAAUACAGCUUGGUUCAUCUGCUAUAGGAUUAGGUGCUGCUGUUUCAUGGAACCUUAAGUCCCUAGGUCCCUCGUAUCUGUUCUAGCAAUGGGAGAGACAACCUGGUCUUCUUAACUUCUGGUUUGAUACAGCGUUCGGCGAAAUUUUCCUGUCCUCUGAAAGGUGCCGUGCAUGAGCCUGUUCACGUGAGCGUGUCAACCAGACCUCUUUCUCUUAUUGAAGUCGGUGGUCGUAAUUUUAUUGGCUAGUGUUUUAGUGGCUGGGUUUUCCCAAGGGACUUUGCCACUAACCUCCUUCUUCUCAGCUGAAUGACCUCAUUGUACUCCCUUUCUUUUGCCUUCCAAAUAGUGCUCCCUGUCGUCACGUUCAAGAAAUUGGACAUCUGGAUUCCUGUCAACACGAGUCUGUCACCAUAUACACGACAUGGUCUUUUGACUCUACUGAAGCCCACGGGAGUGUUCAACCGUAGGCAUGAUUUGAAAUGCAAGCAGGAUCCAGGCCCUCUCAAGAGGUGACCUUCUUGAAAUGCCUUCUAAGACUAUUCGCGCUCUUUCGUAGUCAUGCGUUCCCUUGAUCGCGUGGAACGGGACUCAUGCCGUUGUGAGUACUAAGACUGUAGAGGGCUGGUGGUUCUGAUCCAUUCUUUUGAGCUUUGAAUACUCAAGGAAGAAUUUAUUUCACCUGGGGUUCACCGGAGCUGUCUCGGGUCUGCCCACACAGAAUUGCUUUCUCACCUGUUAUUUUUAUGCAUUCUCCGGAUAGGGAUGCAUGUAAUGAGGAGACCUUUGUGAGCUCCUGCUCAAGGUUAUAAUUUGUCAUCACGGAUCAUUUCUGGAUUUGAAGAGAUCAAUUUUAGCUAUGGCCUGCGGCAAGCAGCUUCCUUCAGCUCACAGUUCAGCAACAAGUCUGCUCUAGUCCUGGCAUGCAGCCUAUUUUGGUUUUAGAUCUUCAUUCGCCUACACCUCGAGGAGACGUGCCUUCUGCAGAUAUGAGUGCCAUGAUCCUUGUCAUCAGAGUCCCUUUCCAACCGCGAAAGCUACUCCCCUUUUCCCUCUCCUUCUUUCUCUUCUUCGCCUUGCCAUUCUUCACGUGUGCCGAUCCCUCAUCAGGUCUUCGAAGUGUGAAGGAAGUCGUGGACGUCAACUGGAACGGACCUAGGCCGCUGAGUGACUCUUCCCCUUUCACAGAUACCACACCAGGGGCUAACAGAAGAUCCGUGAACUAUAGGAAUCGUAGAUUACUUGAUGGUGGGUUGGAGAGGAGGUCUAAGUCACCUGCAGACAUGCUAAGCCCAGAUCAGAGGGUUGAAAGGGCUCGGUAUGCAAGUCGUCGGAUCUUAGCAUCUAAUAUGUGUACAAGCAAAGAUAUUAGCAUAUUUCAAGGCCGUGACACCUCCUCUGGUAUACCGCAAUAUGUUGUCCAAAUUUCCAACACCUGCCUAUCUGAUUGCGCUCCAUCAGAUAUUCAUGUGUUCUGUGGCUGGUUUGCUUCAGCUUUGCUCGUCAAUCCCAAUACGUUUAGGCGAAUCGGGUAUAAUGAUUGCCUUGUAAAUGGAGGUAAAUCGCUAAGGCAUGGAGACAUUGUUCGAUUCGAAUACGCAAACUCGUUCAUGUACUCUCUGAGGUUCAAGUCUGCCAAGUUUUGUUAAUUCAAGUGGUGCGAGGUAGAAUGUGUCCAAGUAUCUGCGACGUCAUACAUAUAUGACGAGUAGCCGAUUACUAAACCUCCGGCCGUAGGUUCUCUGAUGAAGUCGGAAACAUCAAAGUAGUGCUGUUUGAUUGAGGCUUGUCUAUCUUAGUGGAAUGCCCUGGGCUCUUAGCAAGACUACAUUUCACUCCCACCUUGAGCAUCGGCUUUAGUGUUUCUCGUAGCGUUGCUUGGGAGGAUAAGGGAGCCUGGACUGUGGAAUAAUGGAGUUAAGAUUGUGGUUGAUAUUAUAGAUGUUUGCACAAACAAUGAGGAUAACUGGAAGACGAGGUGUUUCUGUGGGAAAUAUCUAGUACAGAGUUCAGUGUUCAGUGUGAAAAUGCUGAGUGUCUGAUUCAUCUGUUUGCUUCUUCAUCA